AGUGAAAGGCGCGUCAGACGUGUUGCUGAAGGCCGAUGUUACUGUUCUCGAAAGCGCAGUUUGCGAUAGCCAAUACGGAGGCGUCGAUGCCACUCGAUGGUUGUGUGCCGGCGGAGACGGAACAGACACUUGCUUGGGUGACAGUGGCGGUCCGCUCUUGGUCAACGGUGUUCUAGCCGGGAUCACCGCCUGGGGUGGUCGAUGUGCUGAUCCUGAACAUGCCGGUGUUUACACACGAGUGAGCACUUACGUUGGUUGGAUCCGAACCGAAAACCACCAAGAAACCAGCCAUGAGAGCUUUCCCUGACUACGCCAACAAACCGGCCGUCGUGGCUGGAUGGGGAACGACCUCUUCGGGUGGAAGCGCGUCAGACGUAUUGAUGAAGGCUGACGUCACGAUUCGAGAGAAUUCAGUUUGUAGCAGUCAAUACGGAUCGGAUUUCAACAGCAAUGCUAUGUUGUGUGCCUCCGCAGAUGGGAAAGACGCUUGCCAGGGUGACAGUGGCGGUCCGAUUUUUGUUGACGGAGUUCAAGUCGGUAUCACUUCCUUUGGCAGAGGUUGUGCUGAUCCUGACCAUGCCGGUGUUUAUACACGAAUCAGCACGUACAUCAACUGGAUUAAAACCACCCAGGCGAAUACUAGUAGCUAAAUAGCUUAUCAGUUUUCACCCGGUACAUCCAUGCGGUGUGCAGCUUUCGCCGUUACGACUGAACUUGUUUUAAAAGAAAAUCCUUUUUUCCUUUCACCUGCAU